UCUGUGCUGCAUUCAGGAAGUAAGCUCUACGAUACAAGUGUAUCCCGAAAGCCGUAUGUCCCGAUAAUGAAACUAAGACCAGUUACACAGAGAUGUCGAAACUUUCCAAAGUUUUGCCGGAUGACGUUGAAUGCCGAGCAGUCUGACCAAGCCGCCCUGCUCCUUCACUAACAUUCCUGUUUAGUCUCGGAGCGGCACCUCAUUGAUUCCGUCCGAUUUUCGAUAGGCGAUUCAAGCGAUCACCGACUUCAAAGAAGCAAAAGAACAGGAUUUUAAGACCACUUCCUGACGCUUCCUCGACUUCACAAUGAAGCCCGUCGGGCUCCUUACGGUUGUUUUUGCAGUAAUUCAAGGUGCGGCAUUCCAGAGGGUAAAGGUGGACAGGGAGGUGCAGGCCUAUCCUGGUGACACCUUCCAGUUGCGCUGCAAGUUUGAGAUGCUGGAAGGCAUAAGCCUGAGUCAGGUAAGUGUAUGUUAGUGCCCGGCCUGGUGUCCACAUGAGAUAAGUGUGUGUUAGUGCCCGGCCUGGUGUCCACAUGAGAUAAGUGUGUGUUAGUGCCCGGCCUGGUGUCCACAUGAGGUAAGUGUGUGUUAGUGCCCGGCCUGGUGUCCACAUGAGAUAAGUGUGUGUUAGUGCCCGGCCUGGUGUCCACAUGAGAUAAGUGUAUGUUAGUGCCCGGCCUGGUGUCCACAUGAGAUAAGUGUGUGUUAGUGCCCGGCCUGGUGUCCACAUGAGAUAAGUGUGUGUUAGUGCCCGGCCUGGUGUCCACAUGAGGUAAGUGUGUGUUAGUGCCCGGCCUGGUGUCCACAUGAGAUAAGUGUGUGUUAGUGCCCGGCCUGGUGUCCACAUGAGGUAAGUGUGUGUUAGUGCCCGGCCUGUUGUCCACAUGAGGUAAGUGUGUGUUAGUGCCCGGCCUGGUGUCCACAUGAGGUAAGUGUGUGUUAGUGCCCGGCCUGUUGUCCACAUGAGGUAAGUGUGUGUUAGUGCCCGGCCUGGUGUCCACAUGAGGUAAGUGUGUGUUAGUGCCCGGCCUGGUGUCCACAUGAGGUAAGUGUGUGUUAGUGCCCGGCCUGGUGUCCACAUGAGGUAAGUGUGUGUUAGUGCACGGCCUGUUGUCCACAUGAGGUAAGUGUGUGUUAGUGCACGGCCUGGUGUCCACAUGAGGUAAGUGUGUGUUAGUGCACGGCCUGGUGUCCACAUGAGGUAAGUGUGUGUUAGUGCACGGCCUGGUGUCCACAUGAGGUAAGUGUGUGUUAGUGCACGGCCUGUUGUCCACAUGAGGUAAGUGUGUGUUAGUGCCCGGCCUGGUGUCCACAUGAGAUAAGUGUGUGUUAGUGCACGGCCUGUUGUCCACAUGAGGUAAGUGUGUGUUAGUGCCCGGCCUGGUGUCCACAUGAGGUAAGUGUGUGUUAGUGCCCGGCCUGGUGUCCACAUGAGAUAAGUGUGUGUUAGUGCCCGGCCUGGUGUCCACAUGAGAUAAGUGUGUGUUAGUGCCCGGCCUGGUGUCCACAUGAGGUAAGUGUGUGUUAGUGCCCGGCCUGGUGUCCACAUGAGGUAAGUGUGUGUUAGUGCCCGGCCUGGUGUCCACAUGAGAUAAGUGUAUGUUAGUGCCCGGCCUGGUGUCCACAUGAGAUAAGUGUGUGUUAGUGCCCGGCCUGGUGUCCACAUGAGAUAAGUGUGUGUUAGUGCCCGGCCUGGUGUCCACAUGAGGUAAGUGUGUGUUAGUGCCCGGCCUGGUGUCCACAUGAGAUAAGUGUGUGUUAGUGCCCGGCCUGGUGUCCACAUGAGGUAAGUGUGUGUUAGUGCCCGGCCUGUUGUCCACAUGAGGUAAGUGUGUGUUAGUGCCCGGCCUGGUGUCCACAUGAGGUAAGUGUGUGUUAGUGCCCGGCCUGGUGUCCACAUGAGGUAAGUGUGUGUUAGUGCCCGGCCUGUUGUCCACAUGAGGUAAGUGUGUGUUAGUGCACGGCCUGUUGUCCACAUGAGGUAAGUGUGUGUUAGUGCACGGCCUGGUGUCCACAUGAGGUAAGUGUGUGUUAGUGCACGGCCUGGUGUCCACAUGAGGUAAGUGUGUGUUAGUGCACGGCCUGUUGUCCACAUGAGGUAAGUGUGUGUUAGUGCACGGCCUGUUGUCCACAUGACGCUUUCCUUAUCAUCACCGGCUGCCUUGUUUCCCAGGUUUCCUGGGUUAGGGAGUCUUCGGUAGGGAGAGAGAACAUCGCUGUCUUUCAUCCUACACAUGGGCCGAGUUACCCCAACACAGCCCUCAAAGGAAGAGUCAGCUUUAUUUCCCCUUCCAUGGAAAAUCCUUCUAUCCAAGUGUCUGGUGCCAAGACGAGCGACUCGGGCACGUAUACCUGUGAAUAUGCCACCUAUCCCAGCGGGACCGAGCAAGCCUCCUCCGCAGUCUUUAUCUUGGCCAAGCCCCAGAACAAUGCCACCAUGCUGCCCGUGAUCGCCGGCAAAAACGCAGUGGUGGUGGCUCGCUGCGAGUCCGCCAAGGGCCAGCCAGCAGGACAGGUCUUCUGGGACACAACAGCUGCGGGCAACCACAGCAACACGACAAAACUGGAGAACGACAACACCGUGUCCGUGGUCAGCGAGUUCCGGCUCAUCCCCACAGCUGCGGAUAAUGGCAGAGACAUAACCUGUAUUAUCAAGCACCGCGCCCAAAAGACAGACGACAUCUAUAAAAUGAAGUUGGCUGUUCAGUACCCUCCCACGGUGUACAUUUCUGGGUAUGAUGGUCAGUGGUACGUGGGCCGCAGCAAUGUUCAGCUUACCUGCGUGGCCAAUGCAAACCCACCACCGACUAGCUUUGAGUGGACAGUUGCAUCCGGCCAGAUGCCAAAAACAGCCCAAAUUACUGGGAAUAAGCUCUCAGUGCCGAAGGUGGAUGCGAGCAUAAACACCACCUUUGCGUGUGAGGCGAAGAACCUGCUGGGAUCCGGACAGGACAGGGUCACCACGUUGGUGACAGCUGAACCUCCACCGGGCAGCAGUGCCACCAGCAGCAUCAUCGGAGCCAUCAUCGGCAUCCUUAUUGUGGCAGCUCUCAUAGGCACCGGGCUGCUGCUGUACUGCAGGAGGAGGAACCGCUCUGAAAAUGGAGACGGCCCCCCCAGUCAUAAGCCUCCUCCCCCCACCAGGGCAGGUGGCUCCACUGAGAUGCUGAACAGGAAUCAUGGAACGCUGCUUGAGUCGCAGCCUCUGGAUAUGUACUAUGAGACCUCUCAUGAUCGCGAGCCCAUCACAGACCUGGAUGCCGAUGAUGACGAUGAAAAUGUGCCCAAUGGUAAUUCCGGUGUCCGCAACGGUUUGGAAGACUCCCCAGAGUUCUAUAAAAGUAACGCAUCAAGCGGAAUUCCCGUGUCACGAGCCAACCUACCAGACCAUUUGGGUCAGCAGGAAGAUGAAGUUGGCCAAGCGGUACCGGCCCACAUCGGACGUGGAGACAGUUUCAUCUCUUCAGCAAUGUUGGUGUAGGAGUCACAAUCCAGACAGACCUGUACUUAGGCGUAGCCCUGGGCUGUUUACUCUAUAUUUGCUACUGCUCUUUUGGGCAAUGAUAUUCCAGGAAGUUUUACCGUCCGGAUACAUUCUGACCCAUGUUUGGACACAUGCCAGUGAAGCAUAAUUAAAUAGCAGGUACCUGUUAGUUACCGACAGUAUGACCUUCUGCAAUGUACAAAUUGUUCUCAGGGUCGUGUGUAAAAUGUGCUGUGAAGGCCGGAGAUGUGUAGGUAUUAUAAAUGUGCAUUAUUGUCAUGACAUUUGUUACAGUGGUGUGGCACUCGCCGUAUUCAGUUUACCUUUCUAUGAGUCUGCAAAGCCCCAAAUUCUGCUGUAUUGGAGCGUGACAUAGCAGGCUCAGCGUCCUCUUAGCAUGUUUAUACUGGGGCCAGUCGGCCUGCCUCACCCGGCCAGCUUUCCUUCAAAGCCACAGAUCCAUGAAAAAUAAGGACACAUCCUGUGCCAGGAGCAGCAUACUGUCACAGGUGACACGGCAUCAGCGUUUUAGUCUAAAUUGUUUUCAUUGUUAUCUGAAGUUUUACUUAAUGUGAAUAUUCAAUUUGUUAACAACUGCUGUAUUUUCACUAGAAAUGUUCGAAUAAGAAGCAGGGCAACUCUGCUUUUCAUCCACGGAAAAUGUCUGGGUGUGUCGGCGCUUUGCUUGCUUAUCCUAAUUUCGUUUGAUUGCAGAUAUAAAACUCUGAAUGCUAUUUAGACGACCACUGUCCCACUUGCACAAGCCUUGUUUUCCACGUGCAAACCUAUGUCUUUUUAUUUUGCAUUUUCCAGUGUUAAAAAUCUUUUUUUUUUUUUUUUUUUACAGUUUUAGAUCUAAUAUUUGUACCUUUAUACUUCACAUAAACUACAUCAACUCUAACACA